AUGAAUAAGUUUGAGAAUGGGUUGGAACACGUAAAAAUACGGAUUUCUAGGAUUGAAGAUGAGAUAUAUAAUAUAACAGAGUCUAGGGAAAGAAAUAUUAUUGAAAAAAAUAAAUUAGAAGAUGAAAUAAGUGAUAUUUCUGGAAUAGAACAACUAUUAUCAGAGCUUUACGACGAACUGUACAGGAUUUCUGAAUUUCAUGAGGCUAAUAAUCUUUUAAUUACCCAAGGGUUUGAGUUAGAAUUGAGAAAAAUAUUCAAAGAGUAUUAUUCUAAUAAAUUAAAAUGUUUAAAUAGUAUGGAUUUUUUAAAAUAUGAUCAAAUUAAGUCUAGUUAUCAAAAUUCCAGAUCAUCAUUAAUUAAAAAAUUAGAAAACGACUCUGGAGGAGAUUUUUUAAAAAUUGAUCCUUUUAAUAAUAUAAUUAAAAAAAUAAUCAAAUCAAAUGAAAAAAUUUUUCUUACUAUAUUCCAAAUUGAAAGCUUUUACAAAAUACUAUUAUGUUUUUUAAAUACCGAUUUUUUAAUAUGGGAUCCUUUUUCUUAUUCAAUAGAUACUAUUUUGCCUUCUUUUUUAAGCAUUAUUAAUGAUGUAUUCAAACAAAAUGGUGAGAUAAUUUUGAAUAAUGACUUGUUUAAUACACAAAAACUUAUAGAAAGAUUCUACUUGCAAAAUCUAAUGAAUUAUAUAUGUGAAAUAGUAAAAAUAUAUUGGACUCCCCUUUAUUUUAAAGAGACGGAGAACUUGGUUGAAUCGAUAAGUUAUAUUAAGAAUAGUUUAGAAAUUGAGAUGCCAGAAAUUAUGUCGGAGUUCAUGGAAAAACUUCAAAAUAGUUUUAAUUCAUUAAUUUCAGAAUAUUUAUCAAAUUCAGAUAUUGAAUACAAGUUUGUUAUACUCCUUUUGAACUGGGGUACUUCAGUGCGAAUAGUUACAAAAUUACUUAAAAUAAAAAAAGAAAGUACCGAUGUAUUGCUAAAUAAUUCCAUUAUAAAUUUCUUUAAAAAUAUUACAAAAGAUUGUGAAAAUGAAAAUCUAAGAAAAUUACUUUAUAAUACUGAAAUUGACACUCAAAAAAUGAAUGAUUAUUCAGUGCAUGAUCGAAAAUUAGAUUCCAACACAAUAUUGAAUCCUGAAACAAUUGGUUUAGUAAAUAUUAAUGAAGCUAUAUAUCAAAUUACAAAUAGCUAUAAAUUAGACUUCCCUAAUAAAAAAUACACCUUAAAUGAAAUUAUAUUGGAAAUUGUGUCAAAUCACAAUUAA